AUGCUUUCAAGGAAGUCUUUGUGGUUUUCAACUGUUGAGCUAGAGAAACCCGAAUUCGGUGCCGAGAGGUUGAAAGGAAGAUCAGUAUUAUCAAUUAAAGGCGCUGACGCUGAAGGAUUUCUGCAAGAGCUGACAACGAAUGAUGUGAGACAAUUAGAAGUAGGACCAAGUAUGUUCACGCUAUUUUUGAACGGACGCGGAAGAGUUAUCCACGAUGCAAUUAUUUACAAGGGCAAAGAUGAUACUUUUUAUAUUGAUUGUGAUAUCGCCUCAGUCCAAGCGCUUCAAGUCCACAUGAUAAUGUUCAGGGCACGGAAGGAAGUCAAAAUUAAAAGUGUCGAACACGAAUUAGCUACCUGGUCUAUUUUCAGCCCUAAAGAAGCUGAAAAAUACAUAAACAAGUGUCAAGAAGAGGAUGAACCGGAUAAUAUUUGUAGAGACGAACCAAACCCUCUUGAUGAAAUCGAACUUGGCGAAAAUAUAAUUGUGUCACGAGACCCCCGCAUAUGGGCUUUAGGGCUGAGGAUUUUAGCCCCCAAAGAGAUGGAUGUCAUUCACACCAUUAAAAAUUUAGGUCUAAAAGUAAAAGCGAUACCUAAUUUGUAUAAAACCAUACGUUACAAACUUGGUAUAGGUGAAGGCACCUCUGAAGUAGGAUACGGAAGAUGCCUUCCGGCAGAGGUGAACGGUGAUUAUUUACAUGGGAUCGAUGUAAAUAAAGGAAGCUACAUUGGAUUCGUGCCAGAUGUAAAAAAGAGAAAUGUCGAUACAAGACUAAUGCCAAUAAUGGUAAACACAGUUCAUCUAGGUGAAAUUCCUGUUAACACACCUAUUGAAGAUGCUCGCGGCAGGAAGAAAGCGCCUGUCGGUUAUUUAAGAGGGUUGCAAGGAUCACUUGGACUCGGCCUUAUGAAUGUAUCUGGAGCUCUUCAAUACAAAAAUGUUAAAAUCGGUAAAAUUUUAAUGCAAGUGCUCAAACCGCCAUGGUGGAAAUGA